GAGACGACCAGAGGAGAAACCACGGUUCAGGAGCAUCGUCCAUGCCGUGCAGGCUGGCAUCUUUGUCGAGAGGAUGUACAGACGGACGUCUAACAUGGCUGGGCUGACGUACCCUCCAGCUGCCAUUGCUGCUUUGAAGGAUGUAGAUAAAUGGUCCUUUGAUGUGUUUGCGCUCCACGAGGCCAGCAGUGAACACGCAUUAAAGUUCCUGGUGUACGAACUGCUCACCCGCUAUGAUCUGAUCAACCGCUUCAGGAUUCCAGUGUCAUCUCUGGUGUCCUUCGUAGAGGCUCUAGAGGUGGGCUACAGCAAACACAGAAACCCCUACCAUAACCUGAUCCACGCUGCCGACGUCACACAGACAGCACACUAUCUGAUGCUCCACACUGGCAUUAUGCACUGGCUCACUGAACUGGACAUCCUAGCCAUGGUGUUUGCUGCAGCUAUCCAUGACUUUGAACACACUGGGACAACCAACAACUUUCACAUUCAGACCAGGUCAGAGGUGGCCAUCCUGUACAAUGAUCGGUCAGUCCUGGAGAACCACCAUGUCAGUGCUGCCUACAGACUUAUGCAAGAAGAUGAGAUGAACAUACUGGUCAACCUGUCAAAAGAUGACUGGCGAGAACUGCGGACCCUGGUGAUUGAGAUGGUGAUGAGUACAGACAUGUCCUGCCAUUUCCAGCAGAUCAAAACCAUGAGGAACGCCCUGCAGCAGCCCGAGGGAGUAGACAAGGCUAAAGCCCUAUCUCUGAUGCUGCAUGCAGCUGACAUCAGUCACCCAGCCAAGGCCUGGAAGCUGCACUACCGAUGGACACAGGCCCUGAUGGAGGAGUUCUUCAGACAGGGCGAUAAGGAGGUUGAGUUAGGGCUGCCAUUCUCUCCUCUGUGUGAUCGUAAAGCUACCAUGAUUGCCCAGUCACAAAUAGGGUUCAUUGACUUCAUAGUAGAACCCACAUUCUCUGUGUUGGUGGACACGACAGAGAAGAUCAUUACACCUCUCAUAGAGGAUACCUUAAAGUCACACGACACUGGUGUCCGCAGGUCAAGUUUGACAGGUAGUGGGUCGGUGGUGGAGUCAGUCCAGAGACACAGUGGUCGAGGGUCCAGCCAGGGAGUUGACCAGGGGCUCACUACAGACUAUAGCCUGACUGGCAUCGACCUGAAACGGGUCAGACACACACUGGCAGAGGUCAUCCAACACAACAAAGACAGAUGGAAGGAGCUCUCUGUACAAGAGUUGGCGAGGAAAGAGCAAGCUGAGUUGACUUCUGACCCAGAGAAAGAGUCCCUGAUGAACACAGAGGUUACGUUGACUCACACCAGCCCUGAGAGACACAGCCAGGAGCUUCAAUCAGAGCCCUUCAAUGAACUGAUGAACAACACAAACACAAACUCCAAUAACUCUUCCCAGGAGGACUCAGAGCUGGACCACAGUCCUCACAGGCCUCAGUCACCGUCUGAGGAUAAAGAGACAACAUCACAUGGUUCCAUCUCUCCUGAACACCUACCAUGGAACGGUAGGAAUGCUAGCUAGCGAUAUGAUAUGAUACAAUAUACGAUAUGAUAUACAACACAAUAUACGAUAGAAUGUACAAUACAACAAUGCAACAUAAUGUAGUGCAACGUAACAUAACGCAACACAACAACAUGCAAUGCAAUACAACACAAUACAACACAGCACAAUAGCACAGUGAAACCAACAGUCAUGCCUUUUAACAAUGCUGUUGCCCUCUCAGUAAGCUAUAGCUAUGUGGUAUUUUUCUCGUUUCUAUAAUUGUGUUGUCAGUUACAGCCAUCUGUGACCAAGUGUCGAAGAGAUAGAUAGCUGCCGAGUGGAGGGUUGUCAAGGUUACAGCUGAGUGAUGCUGUGUUGUCAUGGUAACUGUUGUUGCUUGCAAGAGAAAGCCCUGAGCCAGUCCUUGAGCAGGGGGAGGACUCUCUUCAGAGCCCUUGAUUUUGAUAGGCUACCCAACAACACUGCCACUUCCUGAUUCAACAGGCAUUAUAUUUGUUUAGUUUUUUUAUUGUAAAAUUGUUCUGAUUGAUUUUAUUGUUAUUUAUUAAAGAUAGGGGUCUUCAUGCUCCACUUUUCACCGGAA